AUGGUUCCCAGCGAGCUAUCUUCUCCUAACAAUUCUACAUUUCUGUUCCGGGUUUGCUUCCCAUUGGCUGAGCUUUCGGACCACGAUUGUGAUAUCAUCGCAAAACAUCCUCUAAACGACUCACUAUACCGAUUACAAGAUCUACUUCAAGAGGCAGAACAAAAUUAUAAUGACAUCACUGACCCUCGGGACGAAAUUUGCCAACAGGCGAUAUCGAAACUCCUUACCACCUUGAUGGGAGAGAGAUCCGCCUCACGAGCCGGCGAUGAAAACCUUGUUUCCGAUCUCGCCAGUUUAUUCAAGCGCCUCCAACAAGGCCACCUCACCUACAACCACUGCCGAGCGUUGGCGCAGCUCGUCAUCCAAAAAGACCUGGACGUCCAUGUCUGGAACGCCGUCCUUGGUCUUAUUGACACUGCCUCGCGAAGCACCCCCCCUCCCCCUCCUCAUCCUACAUCAUCGAUCCAACAGACGCCCUGGUUACGCAACACUAGCAGUUUCGUCAAUUCUACAGAAUAUCGAAGGCACGUUGACAAAGUGCUGAAGGAGGAGCUUGGAGAGAUACACGUCGACAUUCCUGGAUUCUUUGACACGUACUUUGGAGACAUUCUACAACUCACUGCAGUUUCACAAGCAGUGUUGGCGGAGUGCGAGAAGGGAGACAGCCCGCUGUACUGUGAAGAGGAGGGCUGGAAGGGCUGGCCUGAACUUGCAGCAGAAAGAGAUGUUCUGAAAUGGCUGGCUAACAUCAUCACUGAGCUCAUAUGUGUAGUCAAAGCAAAAGAGCCGUCCUGGAAGAUCGACCGCAGACCUCUCGCACAGCCAAGCCAGCCACUACAAGGGUCUGUCACAGAGAGAAAGCUUGAUAUCAGCUUUGUCAAUGAUAUGACGGCCACAGAGGACUCCAGAUGCCACUGGUCACAGGUCCUUGUGCCAGGGGAGCUGAAGAAUGACCUGAAAUAUGACAGGAAAUCUGGUGCAUGGUUUGAUCUUGGCAGGUAUGCCUGA